GAGGGACGUGGUUAGUGGGCAUGGUGGUGAUGGGCUGAUGGUUGAGCUAGGUGAUCCUAGAGAUAUUUUCCAGCUUUUAUGAUUCUCUUCUAUGAAGUUUAUAAUGCAUCGGAUUCCCAGCGCAACAAAAAGAAUUGAUGCAGGUUUCUAAAUGCCCCUAAUUUGCCAUAUGGUAAUGUCAUUGGAUUGGUACCUCACAGUACUGGGAGCUGUGCAGGCGGAGAACAAAAAGAUGGUUGUCCCAUGUAGCUUAAAAUGCAUGAGAAACAACAGCAAAGAUGCAGCCAGCUGGGAGGAGCACACAGAAAGAGAUUGAGAUUUGGCUGACCAGAGCUGGGCUGCUGCAUAACUGUAGUGGGACCGUGGAAGAAAGGAGAUAACGCAGGAGAACUGGAGAUAGCUUUGUAGACAUUGGAGCUUUUCCCCAGGCACUAGAGGAAGCAGGUGGUGUGGUAGGGGUGGUGCUGCAAUGGAGGUGGGUGCCCGCUUAUAGAAUCAUAGGAUCAUUUGAGUUGGGAUGGGCCUUUAAGGUCAUCUGGUCCAACUCCCCUGCAGUGAACAGGGUCACCUGCAGCUCGAUCAGGUGCUCAGAGCCCCUCCAGCCUGACCUUGGGCGUCUCCAGGGAGGGGGAUCCACCACUGUGGGCAACCUAUGCCACUGCUUCACCACCCUGAUUAGAAGGGAUACUUUGGACACGCGUGUUAAUUUUGCAUGUUGAGAAAUGCAGCGUUCCUUCGUGUUUCACUAGGAAGGAGAAUGAACUGAGGGUUAUAAUCAAGAAGCAGUACUGACCCAUGUAAACAUGUCCUCAGGCAGCCCUGAGGACUAGGGGUGCUCUCCCAUCGGUGGGCUGGGGCUUGGGGAAGGGGAACAGAAGUAGAGCCCCACUGAAGAAAGCAUGCAUUUGUUUCAAACACGGUGCUGGAAAGAGUUACUGGUUGCAAUGACUGUGUGAAUUAAAGGGGAUUAAGCAAGGAACAGUGCAUAAUAAUUCAAUUAAAGACAGUUGGUGUACAAUCACAAGAGGGCAGUAUUAAGGUUAUGUAUACAAUAGGAACUUGCAAAUGUCCUUGCUUCUGAAUGCUUAACCCUUUUUUGCUGUUUCAGCAUCUUAUAAAAGAGGGAAGUGCAGAGAAGCAGAGCUAUUCCCUUUCAGUUCCUCAGUUCUGAUGACAUGCCCGGUGUUGUAUUUGGGGCUGCGCUGUUGGUGUGGCUUGAAUAAGAGUGGAGCUCCAGGUCCUGUCCCUCCUGCAACUUUGUGUGCAGCAAUGGAAGGCUGUAACUUAGAACAGAAAGAGAGUGACUGGGAAGAGCUAAGAAAAGCCAAGUUUGACAAUUAGGAAUUAAACCAUAGCAGUUGUGCACUCUUACAAAAAAGGGCAUCCCCCAAAUUAAUAGGAGGUUGUAAGGAGGUGUUGUGGUGCUGUUUCCCUCGGUAAUAGUGUCUUUGCUACAGCGAUAGCAAAAGCAGCUCUUCCAGUUCACAGAGCCAAUGGCAGUCUGCUUGUGAUCUUGGUUUAAGUGGAUUAUCUUCCUCCAACCCAGAGGUCACAUUUAGAGCCUCCUUAUGACCAAAUUGAAAAUAAUAGCUGCUUCAGAACUCGGACCUGUAAGAAUUUGUUCCAUUGAAUGAGUACAGCUUUUCAUCCAUGGGUAAUGCUGCUUUGUAAUCUUGCAUAUAUGUGUGUUCUGGGUGUGUUUUCAUGGGUCAGCUGGCUUUUAAACACCAAUCAGGCUAAAUUCACAUCACGGAGAAAAUGAUGCUAAGUUAGCAGAGUUAGUGAUAGGCUGACUAAGUAUACCAUGCCAUAUGGUGUUUGAUAAAAGCAUUGCUUUCGUGCUCUUCUUUCUAGCCGGGAGAGCUUUCAGCACGUAUCCUUCCAACGCAGGCAUUUUGGGCUGCAUGUUGCUUUCAGAAUGGCAUUAGGAGAGGUCCUGUCUCUUGGGCAGUUCUUCAGCAAUCCCAGGUGGAACCUCACACUGAAAGGCACCAUGAUGGUGAUGACCGACGUCACUGCAGCCCCCAGGCUGGGGUCAGCUGCCACCACGCCAGCUGUGGCUCCCAACUUCUCCUGGCUGCCAGAGGAUGGCAGCCCCACAGCUGUGGAGCAGCCGAUAUUCCUCAUGACCACCGCUGCUCAGGCCAUCUCAGGUUUCUUUGUAUGGACAGCUUUGCUCAUCACCUGCCAUCAGAUCUACAUGCACCUUCGCUGCUAUAGCUGCCCAAAUGAACAGCGCUACAUCGUUCGGAUCCUCUUCAUUGUGCCCAUUUAUGCUUUUGACUCGUGGCUCAGUCUCCUGUUCUUCACCAAUGACCAGUACUAUGUUUACUUUGGCACGGUGAGGGACUGCUAUGAAGCCUUUGUAAUAUACAACUUUCUCAGCCUCUGCUAUGAGUACCUGGGAGGGGAGAGCUCCAUCAUGUCUGAGAUCAGAGGAAAACCAAUCGAGUCCAGCUGUGUAUAUGGGACUUGCUGCCUGUGGGGAAAGACAUAUUCGAUUGGAUUCCUGAGAUUCUGCAAACAGGCUACCCUGCAGUUCUGUGUGGUGAAGCCCCUCAUGGCGAUCAGCACAGUCAUCCUUCAGGCCUUUGACAAAUACCAGGAUGGUGACUUUGAUGUAACCAGCGGCUACCUCUACGUGACCAUCAUCUACAACAUCUCCGUCAGCCUGGCACUCUAUGCCCUCUUCCUUUUCUACUUCGCCACACGAGAGCUGCUCAGCCCCUACAGCCCAGUCCUCAAGUUCUUCAUGGUGAAGUCUGUCAUCUUCCUCUCCUUCUGGCAAGGGAUGCUGUUGGCCAUCUUGGAAAAGUGUGGUGCCAUCCCCAAAAUUCACUCUGCCAACGUGUCUGUGGGUGAAGGCACAGUAGCUGCUGGAUAUCAGGACUUCAUCAUUUGUGUGGAGAUGUUCUUUGCAGCCAUUGCCUUGCGCCAUGCCUUCACAUACAAGGUGUAUGCGGACAAGAGACUUGAUGCACAAGCCGUUCCAUCAUACGGGCCGUACGGUCGUUGUGCUCCCAUGAAGAGCAUCUCCAGCAGCCUCAAGGAAACCAUGAACCCCCACGACAUCGUCCAAGAUGCGAUCCACAACUUCUCCCCAGCCUACCAGCAGUACACCCAGCAGUCAACGUUGGAGCACGGCCCACCCUGGCGCAAUGGCAGCCACGUCAUCUCACGCUCCCACAGCUGCUCGGGUGCCCGUGACAACGAGAAGACCCUCUUGCUGAGCUCGGAUGAUGAGUUCUAGGAGGGAAAACUGCCAGCACAGGCUAUUGUUUUCCCUCCUUUGUUGUUUUGUAUUUCUUUUUUUAAUUUAUUGAAGCAGAAACACGCAAGUCAUAUCACCUCUUAGUGCACAUUGCAGAAGUGGGCAUUUCCCAUUAGCUUUUGUGGGUACGGACGCAACAAGUGGAACGGAAUCAGGGGAAUGGCCAAGACUUGCUUCUCAAGCCCGUUCCUUACAGCAGCAAUUGACUGGGAUUAACUGAAGCAGAGCUCCACUGUCUGGGGCUCUGCCUCCCACACCUGCUCAGCUUGAUGUGGCGCGUGACUGGCCAGAGCUUGGAAUUGUGGCCAGAAAUGUUUUGUUUUCAACUGGACGACCUGACUGCUUUGAAUUCCUCUUCCUGACAGGUUGAUGUAGGCACAGCUUGCACCCCCAGCUCCCCGGUACUAACGUCUCUGUGAUCCUUGGGAAAUGGGAUUAGGAUGCAGCGAUAAGCAUUCCUGAGGGCCAGACUGGAAGUUGGACCCUCUGUAGCCAUUGCAGUGAAUAUUUAGUAUGGAACAUCUUCUCUCACCCCUCCUAAGCACUGCUUGUGCAGGCCUAUGCUUGAGUGAGUGUAGGGGAAGAGGGCAGGACUGUCGUCUUGUUCUAACCUCUCUGCUCCCUGUCGAAGCUGCCUGCUGGAGCUCAGCAGGGGUGGAAUUACUGUCUCACAAGGGCAGAGUUUUCUAAUCACCAGGUGUCUGAGCUUCCCAUCUCCCCUGCGUUCCUGGGGCAAGAUGCUACCUGGAGCAUCUGUCUCCUGCUAACCAGGGUUGAGGACUGGCCACGACAGGUGGUGGAAGUUUGUACAGCUCUGGCCCUUUCAUCCCUCUUGGGGAAAAGAACAUUUGUGAACACUAAAAUGUUCUUUCCUCUUGUUCCCCGCCCCCUACCAACAGCGCUGCCUCUCUUAGAGUUGUGGAUUGCACCAGCAGCUGUCAGAGCAGGUCCCAGCUCUGGUGGCUUGCAGGUGGCCUCCCCUGCGAGCUGCACAAGUUUUGCCCUUUGACUGGAGUAUCUGGGAAGGGAUGCACCUUUCCAGAUUGCCCCUUGUUGCUCUGCUGGAAGAAGCAGGGUCUGAUUUACUGCCUGGAGUUCACCUUUCCUCCUGUAUCCUGAUCUCUGCGCUUGUUCAUUCAUUUCCUCACAAGCAAUGGCGAGCAAAGAGCUCCUUGUUUCCUCAGAGGUCAGGAGCAGCACACCCUGCAACACCAAGCAGUUGGCUGCUGCUUUUCCUAAACCCGUAACUGCUUAAGUAGACACACAGACACUCUAUCUACCAGGCUUUUUGUGGGCUUGGUAUAAAACUCCUCAUCCUCAUCCCGGGAGCCACCUGGAAAGCAGGACUGAAGUCUGAGCUUUCCCUCCAUCUUCUGUGGCUUUGAUGAAUAGGCUUUUAGUGUGGAGUAUUUAUUUUAAACUUCCCCUCUCUUUUAGAGGACAAAGCCCCUUCCCCCCUUCCGUUGCAUUUGCAGGCCUCGAUGAUGUCCCACUGUCACUUAACCAAUGGCCGUCCCCAGUGUUUGCUGCAUCGGAUGGCCGAGAUCUGAAGUCUCAGAACUUGCCCUGUUGAGCUUGAAGAUACUCCAGGCUCAGGGAAGCCUUUUCUAAACAUUAUUUUAAAAUGUAUGCUGCAUCUAUAUGCUGUGCAUAGGAUCUGGAUAUUCUCAAAGCUUCCUAUAUGUAGAGGUUUAAAGUAUAACCCUGUUGCACUAGCUGCCUUCGGAGAAGCCUGGAGAAGAGCUAGCGCCCAGAUAACAGCCAGCUGCCACGCGUUAUGAUUUUAUAUAGAUAUUUUUUAUAACACUAAGCAAAACCAUCUCCGAGCUUCCUGCAGUCCCCUGCAACAGGCCAGCACAAGGACAAGGAUCGGCUCUGAAGCCGCUCUGGUUUGGAGGAACAAAUCCCUAAGCUGAAGACCCGGAGCUUGAGGGCAUCUCCUGCUCUCUCAAGCAGUUCUGCUUGUGGUAGUCCGAGGCCAGGAGUAGGUCCUCAGAGCUGCUCACCCCCUUCCCCUCCUUGCCCUUCCUCUUUGUUUACCGUGUAACAUACCCAUGGGAUUUGUUUAUUAUUUUUCCACGUAGAGUAGUUCUUUGUAUAUAAACAACCGAAAAAAAAAAAAAGAUGUAUGAUAAAUAAGACAGAGCCACCUAGUUUUGUACCUAUUGUGUUGAACUGAUGUGAGCUCAGCGACAAGCCGCUCUCUCUAUUUUGGUCUUUGUGACGUUAUACUCUGCAGAAAUGAGCAAAUAUGAUGACAAAUAAAAAUAUAGAGAUAAUAUAGAUUGUA